CUCCGUCCCCUCCUGCCGCGCGGCGUGAGCGCCGGGCUCGGGGCCCCCCCGGCCGCCCGCCCCCUCCCCUCCCUCCCUCCCCUCCCCUCCCCUCCCCCCCGGGCCCCGCGCCCCCCCCGCCCCCGCCCCCCCCAUGGACAUGCUGGACCCGGGUCUGGAUCCCGCUGCCUCGGCCACCGCUGCUGCCGCCGCCAGCCACGACAAGGGACCCGAGGCGGAGGAGGGCGUAGAGCUGCAGGAAGGCGGGGACGGCCCAGGAGCGGAGGAGCAGACAGCGGUGGCCAUCACCAGCGUCCAGCAGGCGGCGUUCGGCGACCACAACAUCCAGUACCAGUUCCGCACAGAGACAAAUGGAGGACAGGUGACAUACCGCGUAGUCCAGGUGACUGAUGGUCAGCUGGACGGCCAGGGCGACACGGCUGGCGCCGUCAGCGUCGUGUCCACCGCUGCCUUCGCGGGGGGGCAGCAGGCUGUGACCCAGGUGGGUGUGGACGGGGCAGCCCAGCGCCCGGGCCCCGCCGCUGCCUCUGUACCCCCAGGUCCUGCAGCGCCCUUCCCGCUGGCUGUGAUCCAAAAUCCCUUCAGCAAUGGUGGCAGUCCGGCGGCCGAAGCUGUCAGCGGGGAGGCACGAUUUGCCUAUUUCCCAGCGUCCAGUGUGGGAGAUACUACGGCUGUGUCCGUACAGACCACAGACCAGAGCUUGCAGGCUGGAGGCCAGUUCUACGUCAUGAUGACGCCCCAGGAUGUGCUUCAGACAGGAACACAGAGGACGAUCGCCCCCCGGACACACCCUUACUCUCCAAAAAUUGAUGGAACCAGAACACCCCGAGAUGAGAGGAGAAGAGCCCAGCACAACGAAGUGGAGCGGAGGCGGAGGGACAAGAUCAACAACUGGAUCGUCCAGCUUUCGAAAAUCAUUCCAGACUGUAACGCAGACAACAGCAAGACGGGAGCGAGUAAAGGAGGGAUCCUGUCCAAGGCCUGCGAUUACAUCCGGGAGUUGCGCCAGACCAACCAGCGCAUGCAGGAGACCUUCAAAGAGGCCGAGCGGCUGCAGAUGGACAACGAGCUCCUGAGGCAGCAGGUGGGUGCGGGGCCUGGAGCGGGUCAGGGCCCAGGAGCCCCAGAUGCAAGGCGCUGGCCCUCAGCUCCCUUGUCCUCCGUCGUGUCCGCCAGAUCGAGGAGCUGAAGAAUGAGAACGCCCUGCUUCGAGCCCAGCUGCAGCAGCACAACCUGGAGAUGGUGGGCGAGGGCACCCGGCAGUGACGCCCGCCACCACCGCGCAGCCGCCGCCGCCCACGCCGGCCUCUGCUGCCCCCUUCCCCAGCCCUUAGCACAGAGAGGGACACACGCCCCUCCCCCAGCUGCGUUUUUUUAUAGUAGAUUUUUAACAAAAAACGGGGAGAAAUAAUGCAUUUCCGUGGAUACAGUGCCCACCGCCCUCCUCCACUUGGAAACGGUAUCCUCCCUCCCCAUCCGUCUGUCUGUCGCCCUUCUCCCAGCCCUCAGUAAGCCCCAGCACUUCUAGUGGUCUCACCUGGAGGCAAGAGGGAGGGGACAGAGGCCCUGCCAUGUCCCACUGCCUCCUGCUCUCUGGAGGUACUGAGACAGGGUGCUGAUGGGAAGGAGGGGAGCCUUUGGGGGGCCACCCGGGGCCUGGACCUAUGCAGGGAGGCCACGUCCCACCCCACCUCGUUUCUGGGUCCCUGCUCCCCUUUGGGUGUGUGUGUGUGUGUGUUUUAAUUUUCUUUAUGGAAAAAUUGACAAAAAAAAAAAAUAGAGAGAGAGAGAGAGGUAUUUAACUGCAAUAAACUGGCCCCAUGUGGCCCCCGCCUUGUC